CGACGGGCAGCUGACUAACUACAAGAAAAGAGCUGCAUCAACCCUAAGAUCAGUCACCUGAGGAGCACGUCAAUCCAGUUCGAAAACCCGUUGCUCAGAAGAAAAUCGUUUCUCACUAAUGGACUAAUGGCCCAGAUGUUAAUAUGCCAUCCUCGUGAAGCCAGGAUUGACGGAUUGUCGAUACCCUCCCAGUGCCACCCAGUGAGACAAGGCAUAACGUACCCAUAAAGCGCGGCAUGAGAGAUUCCAUCUCAAGGUGCCAGGCAAUCCACCUCGGGAUGGGCGAAAAAGCCUCGACUCCCACAGCGUUUGUGAUUGAAUCAGCAUUCUCCACGCCGCCGACUUGGCUAACGUACGUUCCAUUUUAGCCAGCAAGAUACCACUCACUAUCGAAUGUACACGUCGUACACUAUGCCUUCCCACAAUUUCAAUCACUCUGAACGGACGAACAUUUAUUACGUCAAUGAAAUAGAGAGAGUGUAUCCGCCCCCACACGCAGCCACUGAUAUGAUUAAACAACAUCCGUCCGGAGAGCGUCCGAUGACGUUUGGGAAAACUUGUUGGAUGGUCGACGCCACUUAGUGCUAUAGGUUCAAAGAUAGAUGGUGCGCUUGAAAUCAGGCUUUUUGGGGACUUGUUCGUAGUUGGACCUCGAAGAAAAAAGAAGCACAACAAGUACAUUCAUGCGUGCUCCGUUCCUAGGUAUGCGUGAGAAAGAUAUAGACAUAGAACGGAGUUUGGAACAUAUGAUACCUAGCCAGCAGUCUCCGGCAUCAAAUCAGUUUUGCAACGAUGCCAUAUGCCCGCCAAACUUCUAACUUCUACGAGGUGGGAGAAAAAUGAUGUGGGUCAUGUCCACCCGAAAGUACGCGCGCUUGAGCAGCUGAGCAGCUGAGUAUCUGUUGUGAUGGUCGUAUCUGGGUAUUACUAGAGCGACAUACGCAGUAGGAAGCUAGUAAGGUUCUGCAUGCCAUGAAGGCCUCAUCUGGAAAUCAAUUGCGUAUUCAUAGUUUUUCCUGUUACGUGACUCCAGACGAACGAGUUGUCGAGAAAAGUCGGCUUACCUAGGUUUAGAAAUGCAUUUAUAUCAAAUAAAAAGAAAGAAGUUCUAUUCGCAUCCAUCUCUGAGUGGACUUAUCCUCCCAACUCCAAAUAGUUCGAUUACUCGCUCACAGACAAGACUCACAAUUGGAAAAUAAACUAUUUAUCGGCGCAAUCUGCGUUAAUGUUGAGACAGGUAAUCUCAGACGCCUUAUUCUGUACCUCACAAUCAUUGCAUUUGCAGGUCGAUAAGCGAAAUGUCCCAUACAAAACAGCCAUCAUUCGACCAAAGAAAGAGCCUCACAACGCGAAAUCCUCAACUCAUACUUGUAGACGUUGGCUUUGAUGCACGUGGGCGGAAUAUGAAUGAUAAACUCGGCUAUCUCCCCCCUCAGUGACUAUGCCCUCAGUUCGACAAACCAAAUGCUUUUGGCGAGCUAUCUUCGUUCCGGGCAGGUCCCUCGGGCAUUUUCAGGCUUGUAGUAGAUGCGUUGUUGUUGUGUCCUGAAAAAAAAAAUUUAAGGUUGCAACCUAGUGGGUGUCAGUGAGCUGAACAGCCAAUCAUUGCUCCUGAGUGACAAUCCACCACACGAAGGAGUAUAUGUAUGAUGCAUUAGUACAUGUACAUCCACGAUUUCAUAUUCCCUUACUUUGAAAAGUUCACAGCUGUUUCCUAUUCCUGGGUCAAACCAAGAUUUUUGUCGUCUUUAACUCACCAUGUCCCCUUCAGGACAUGACACCAAUACAGAUGAAACACAGAUAAAUAAUCCUCAGGGAAUAGUAGAGUCUUCACAACCCAACGUCGAAAAACAGGGCAUCGUCGAACCGGACAAGGCUGUCAAGGUGUCCUUGUUUAAGGGCCUUGGGAUUCUCGAUCGAUUUCUUGCACUAUGGAUAUUCCUUGCGAUGGCAAUCGGCAUUAUCCUUGGUAAUUUUGUCCCCAACACUGGUCCAGCGUUGAGAAAAGGAACAUUUGUUGGUGUUUCCGUCCCCAUUGCAAUUGGUCUUUUGGUCAUGAUGUACCCGAUCCUAUGCAAAGUGCGCUAUGAAUCUUUGCACCGCCUCUUCCAAACUCGCCAAAUAUGGAUCCAGAUUUCUUUCAGCAUUUUUGUCAAUUGGGUCAUUGCCCCCUUAUUAAUGUUGGCUUUGGCUUGGGCUUUUUUGCCAGAUAAACCGGAGCUUAGAGAGGGUCUUAUUAUUGUUGGGUUGGCAAGAUGCAUAGCAAUGGUUUUAAUUUGGACGGCCCUUUCUGGCGGUGACGGCGAAUAUUGUGCUAUCCUCGUGGCUGUCAAUUCGCUGCUUCAAAUGGUCCUCUUCGCGCCACUUGCUAUUCUUUUCAUCAAUAUAAUCGGCAAUUCUGGCAGCCAAGCCACACUAUCUUACUCGACUGCAGCCAAAAGUGUUGCAGUUUUCCUUGGAAUCCCACUUGGAGCUGCGAUCGUGACUCGAUUUAGUCUACGGAAACUAGUCGGUCCGGCUUGGUAUGAAUCCACGCUCUUGAAGUGGAUGAGUCCAUGGUCUCUCAUAGGCCUUCUCUUCACCAUCUUCGUGCUGUUUGCCUCCCAGGGUCGGCAGGUUGUUCAUCAGAUAGUUUCAGUCGUCAGAGUCUCGGCUCCUUUGAUUGUCUAUUUCGUCAUCGUAUUCUUUGCGACUUUAUUCGUCACCUACAAACUUGGGUUUGGUUACAAACUCUCUUCCACGCAGAGUUUUACUGCCGCCAGCAAUAAUUUUGAGCUCGCCAUUGCUGUUUCUGUUGCGACAUUUGGACCCAACAGCAACCAGGCUCUAGCAUCAACCGUCGGACCACUGAUCGAGGUGCCAGUGUUGCUCGGCCUAGUUUACGUUGUUAAAGCAAUCGCGAAUCGGGUGGGUUGGAAAGAUUGACAUUGGAGAAGCCCCUUCGAACAUUCGAAAGGAUAGGAAAAUAGGAGUUGGCUUUGGUCAUUGUGACAGUGUUAGAUAAUGGUUUUCUCAGCGCGAAGGUACUUUCAGGCCUUGAUUUGAUAAUCUAGCGGUUAACGGAGAGACAUAAAUGUCAUUACCGAAAUGAAUAUAAGUAGACUCCAGCGAUACACACCUGAUUUCACUCUCCCCCAUUGGCUGAUAAUGAUUAUAUGCCCUGUGCCAUUUCUAGUUCAAUAUAGCUAGAAGGUUAAUAAUUAUUUGAGCGACAAAAGGGCGGCCAUCCUCCAACCCUGAGAAAGCAUUGGGCCCAAUCGAUAACCAUGUAAAUUAGUCGAAUGACAAGGGUAAUGACCGGGUGCCAUUUGUGUAGAACAUUGGGGCAAAAGAGCUCAAUCAUCAUCAUGCUAUGGCAACAGUUUAUGGUUACUUUGUCUCUCUUCUGGUUUGAA